AACAUGAAGGGUAAGCAUUUGACGCGUAGUCACGCCAUGCGUGAGGCCACUUCGCCACCGCGUACUCCUACACCACGUGCCGAGCACGGACAGGUGUCACCGAAUGGCCAAUCGGCCAACAAUUAUCAACAACAGCAUCACCAUCAGACGCAGCAGCAGCAGCAGCAGCAGCACAACAUGGAUGGCAAUGAGAAUAUACACAAUAGCAAUAGCAACAACAAUAAUAAUAACAACAACAACAACAAAUUGCAUGCACAAUCAAACGCAGCCCGUGGCAAUUCACCGAUAAUCGAAGCGCCUGCAGUGAUUGUAACUAGUCAACACAACCAACAACAGCAGCAGCAACAACAUCAACAACCGAAUGUGGCACUAUGCAACGAAACCGAGUUCCCCAAACUAACACCGCCGAAAUCGACAAAGGGUGGUGGUGGCGCAGGAGGAGGUGGAGGAGGAGGUGCGGGUGGGGGCAGCGGUAGCGGCAAUCAGCGCAAUAAUAACAACAACAACAGCAGUAGUAGCAGCAGCAAUAAUAGUAAUGGCGUUGCUGAGGGCAGCAACAAAAUAGAAUACAACAACAACAACAACAAUAGCAGAAAAAUGACAAACACCGGCGCAAAUGGCGGCGGUGGCAAUAGCACCUAUGAUUCCACAAAAAAUAUAACUUCUAACAACACCAGCAACAAGCAUCAGCAGCAAUACAGUGCAAGCAAUGCUUUGCAUCAAGCGCUAAGCAUUGCCGAGUCGUCGACGGGGCGUGGUGGUGGUGGUGGUGGUGGUGGUGGUGGCAUGGGUGGCGGUGCCAGCACAUCGCUGCACAAUUCCGGCAUGAACUAUCAACUAAAUUCGAAUGAUAAUCAGCAGCAAUCACACCAUCAGAUCGCCUACGACAAGGAGAACCGAUGCCCACGCAACGACAGUCAGAAUAGCAACAUGUCGAAUAUGCACGACGAUGAGCCGCAACAACAGCAGCAGCAUUACGAGCGCCAAGUUGGUGGCGGCGGCAAGAAACAUCGCACCAACUCCAAUUCGAAGGGCAACAAACCGCGUUUGAAGAAUAUUGGUGGCUCAUCGUCGGGCAGCGUGGAUGGUGGCAAUUCGAAUAGUAACAACACAUCGGGCUUCAUUUCAAGAGUUUUCAACAACUCAGAGAACUCGAGCGAACAAUUCACCGAUCAUGGCGGUACCGAUCUGUUCAGCUUCUUCAAGGAGACGCUCAAUAAGCAUCCAAAGGACAGACAUUUCCUGCUAAAAGUGGAAAAGGAUCUAACUGAAUUUGUGCAGGAAAAGAGCCGCGGUGAAUUGCGCUUCCCACCGGCUUCUUCGUACAACCGCAUGUUGAUACAUCGUACAGCGGCCUUCUUUGGCAUGGAGCACAAUGUCGAUACCGAGACACAGCAAUGCGUUAUUGUGGCAGCCACAAAAAACACACGCAUACCCGAGAUUCGCUUCAAAUCGUUGGUGCGCGAUCAUCGCGAGGAUUCACGCAAAUCAAUAUUGAAGCGCGAUACGCACAGCUUCGAUGAGGCACGUCAAAGUAGUUACCUGUGUCCGGAUCGUGGCAGCAUGCUUGAUCGCAAGGCAAAGAGUUUUGAAGAGCGCGAAGAGGACUAUGAACGCGCGCGCAGUCGCAUUUUCAAUCGCAGUCAAAAUGACAGUGGCGAGGGCAUGGACGAUGGCUACAUGAAUGUCAGCUGGACGCAGUCGGUGGAACAGCAACAGCAGCAGCAGCAGCAACAACAACAUCAGCAAAAUCGGCCACGUCCCAAUGGCAAAAUGAUGAAAAUGCAGAAUUCAAAUGAUUCACGCGAUGGCCGUUCUGGCGGCGGCGCUGUACCCAAAGUGCACAACUACAAUAACUACGGAGGCGGACCAUCACAAGGUGGUGGCGGUGGUGGUGGGCCGCCUAUGAUGCGCGGCGACUCGGCAAACUCAAACAAAAACAGUGGUGGUGGUGCGCGUUCAUUUUCUAAACAAGAUUCAGCUGGCAGCACAAAUACACCUUGGCGCUUGUCGCCCUCCAGCAGCGGUUCAAUCUAUCACUUUGACCCAUCCAAUCUGCCACCUAACCAACAGCCAACAUACCAUCCAAAUCAAGGCAACAAUACCGCCAACUACGCACAACAGCAAUCGCCACCACAGCAGCUGCAAGCGCAGCCACAGCAACAACAAACGCUCGAUACCAAUAUAAAAAAGAAUAAAGGUACACAUCAGAUAUCAUCACCAUCACCAGUUGCAUCACCGGCCACAACACCGACACCGAUGCCACAGCAACAAAUUCACUGUAAGAACGUGCCAUGCAAUGAAAGUGUUGUUACCAUUCCGCUUGCUGAAUCUGUAUCUGAAUCCUCUACCCAGACGGUGGCUAUGUGCGGCGAUGUAAACUGCGAUGGAAUUGGCAUGGAAAUGGCAAUGAAUGCCACUGAAGAAGCGUCCACCCAAUUGAGUGCUGACGAGUGCGAUAACACAUCUGCCACUGGUUGUCUGAGCAUUACCACCACAACUUCCACCAAAAGUUAUGAUCGUAUCGAGGUGCAGAAAUUUAAAAAUCAAGCAACUAGCCCUAAUAUUCCAGCUGAAAAGGAGGAUUUGUCAAAGCGUGAAAAUUUAGUAGCAUCUUUAGAUGCCACAAACAUGCAACCAGCAGCAGCAACGCAGCCACCAGCACCACCACCACCACAAAGUCAAACGCCCACAAAUAGUGUGAACGUACCAUUGCAGCGUGAGACACCACAUUCUGCGCGCUCAACACCGUUCAGUACCAGCGAGUCAACAAGUCAACCGAAGAAUCGCGCUUCCGAGGAACCUAAACCCACUACGUGGACAUAUACGCAAAGUUACCAGGCACCAGACGGUUCCACGGUAUUUCAUACCACCACAACACCCAGUGGCACACCAUAUUGCACUACAACAUAUCAGCAGGGGCCUGAUGGUAGCGUUUAUGCCAUUCCACAGGGCAUGGUUUAUGCCUAUCCGCCGCCAGUUGUAAGCCACGCACCGCAGAAACAGUUGAAAUGUCCAUUCAAUUCGUUGUCUGUUUUGCAGGAGGGUGAAGUGCAGAGCUAUUUUAUGCCUGUAUUUGAUCCAAAUCAGCCCCGUACCGAUGCCACCGGUCUCAUACAAGCUGGAGCACAGGCCAUAUAUCCGACUGCAGCUACAGCAGCGGCAGGAAGUACAGCUACAAUGGUACCAGUCGCAGCCGCAUAUCCGACCGCACAAUUUGCCACCGCCAAUGGUACGCCCAUCUACGCUCCGGGUCAAUUGAUAUAUUCGAGCGAUCAAUUUGCAGCAGCAAGUGCGGCGACAGUUGCUGCAGCAGCACCGGCGAAUGGACAACUGCAACAGAUACCGAUGACCACCUAUCCAAUCGGAUAUCCGUAUGCAUAUAAUGGUUACUGGAGCCAACCGAUGACCUACUAUGUGCCACAACAAGCGCUCACCAAUGCAGUUACAGCCACUCCGCUCUUACCAGCACCGCCACAGCCACAACCCCCUACAACAGCAACCGCCCAAUCUGUGGCCGGACCACACAUCACUAGCGGUAUAAAUAUCGCGAAUGGCCUUGUUGCAGCCACACCGGCGGCUGGACCGUCGUCGAACACCACCGUAGGGUCAUUAGGCAGUAGCAGUAGCCAUAUUGGCGGCAUUCAUACAAGUGGAAAUCACGGUGUUGGUGCAUCUGCAUCCACAAACAGCUAUCAGACGCAUAGCGGUACGACGUACUUUGGUACGGGGCGUGUUAAGCGGCCGACUUCCUCGCAUUACGCCAGCCACCAAAACAGCGGCCAUCAUCAACUGGUUACGGCAGCUAUCCCCAGCAACGGCAAUGCAACUACCACAUAUCAAUUAGGACACGCAGUACCCACACUUACAUUGGCGCAUGCACCGGGUGGUGCAGCAGCAGCAGCAGCAGCCGCCGCCGCUGCGGCAGCAGCAGCUGUGAAUACAUCAACUGAUCUCAGCAUUGGCAGCGGAGCAGCUCCAGCCACAACCAUGUAUACGUUGCCUCAACAUGCGGCGCUCCUGCAUGCGAAUAUAUUUCCAUAUGCGCCCGCCGCCGCUGCCGCAGGAGCAGCUGCAGGCAUUGCCGCUGGCACACCACAAGUGCACACACCUGGCGCUCCACCAACGGCGGCAGCACAAUUAGCUGCCACCGGAUUGACUGGCACAGCGGCUCAUGCACAACAAACAAAUGCUGUGAUCACCCCAUUCUAUGCUCAUCACCCGCCCAUGACAGCUGCCACACAUCCCUCACAUGGCAGCACCGUGCAUACGCCCGGGCCGGCUGCCAUACCGAUUGUCGAUCCCAGCACGCUCACGGCCAUCUCGCAUGCAACACCGAGCGGUGCAAGCAGCACGAAUAAUGUAACGCCAGUGUACAGCGGCGGUGGUGGCGGAAGCGCUUCACAAUCGGCGCCCAGCACGCCACACUCUGUACCUAAUCAAACAGCACAGCGCAAUCCGCCACUCUUCUCCACACCGCCUAUUUUGAACUCGAAUGGCGGCAGCAAUAGUGGUGGCUACAGUGGCAGCUCUACACCACAGUAUUACACCGUGACCAGUGGACCAGACGGCAGUACAACGCUUAUGAGCAGCCCACAUGGCAGCUCUUAUGUGCAACACGAUAAACGCAACAACAAUACAAAUAUGGGUGGCAGCAAAAAACCACCGGCGUAUCCAAGCAACUCACUAAGUCGGCAAAAUUCUACAUCCUAUAAUGGCGCCUCAAAUGGCAAACCGCCUCUACUAAGCGGCAACAAUGAUACGCGCGCCUCUCCCGGCAGCAGCAGCGGCGGCUAUCAGGGCUCACGUCCGCAUAGCAUGAACAAGCGUGGUGGAGGCGAUAAACCGCAGACACCGCUGCUUAGUGGUCCACCUAGCUAUGGCAGCGGUCCAACCGUGUCUGCUAUGAGCAGCAAUAACAAUAGCGGCUAUCACGUGCACCACAACAACUCACCAUCAGAUGCCAAGCCGCCUAUCCGAUUGAAUGCGGGAGCAGCUACCUUCCGGCAAAAGGGUAGCGGCGGAGUGGCUUAUGAAUUUCGACGCAGCGCUUCGCAACGUAACUCGCCAGGUACUGGGAACUCAAGUAGCAACGACAAUAGCAAUAAUACAUCACCGAACAGUAUAGUCGGAUCGAGUGGGGGCGGUGUCGGUGGUGGUGCGAACACACCCAAUUGCUAUGCCACUGGUGGCUAUGUGAACACUGGCAUCGGCAUAGCUGGCGGCACUAUGGUCGCUGGUGGUGGCGAUCAUCAAGCGAUUGCAACAGCAACUGGCACACCAUUGUACAUUGCGCCAGCACGUGGCGCACAUAUUCCACCACAACUGCAACACGGUGGUAUGGUGGCGGCCGCCGCUGCUGCUGGCGGCACGGCAGCCGGACUGGCGGGUACACAACAGGCCACCACAGCUGCAGUGUUAGGUGGCGCCGCGGCAGCAGAAGUGGCGAAUGCGGCUGCAGCGGCCGUGGCGGCGACAGUGGCGCAUCACCAACCGCUUUUGAGCGCUUAUCAGCCAGGUGCAUCGGGCGUUUACAUCAAGUACGGCCAAACGUAUUUUGCACACCCCUCAGUCGCUCUACCGAACAGCCGCCGCUCACCCUCAACAGAGUUGCGACCUGCAAUGGCGCCCGUCGCUGGCAUGUAUCCAACUGUCAAUAUGAUGAUACCAGCUGCUCCACGACAUACGCAAGGGCGUCAUCCGAAUCCCAACUACAAGGGUACGCGGCCACGUUAAAUGCAGCUGUACACUGUCCAGCAGCAGUCACAAAAAAUAUGAAAAAUCAGUGCUAACUGUGUCAAAACAACACUAAAAAAGCAACUGAACAGGAGGAAUAUGCAAACGAUGACGCUAUACCAAAACCUAAAACUAAGUUUAAGCUAAAAAUACCCUAACCUAGUGAAACAUAUGCGUAGAUAAACAAUAAUUUAAACAAAAGAAGAAACAAAAAAAAAUAACAGAGCAUAUUAGUGAAAACGAAGACAUAAGAGACAACAAUAGAAACAAACGAGUUAGGCGGAAGCAAAAAAAAAGCAAAGAAAAUAAACAGAAAUAAUCAGAUAACGACAAUUCGUGGCAAAUACCUUACCUACAUACAUACAUUUAGAGUUAGUUAAGUAACUGCAACAGGACAUAUGAGCGAAAUUUUGAAACACAAAAAAAAAUAAUAUUUUCCGGGCCAUUUUACAAAAAAAAAAAUAUUUUGAAAAAGAAAUUAAGAUCAUCCACAAUUUUGGCAUUAUACAAGCAGAAUCGACGAAUCAGUUACGAAAAUCAAAUCAACCAAUUGCAUCUAUACAUAUGUAUGUACGUAUGUAGACAGAUAGAAAACCUACCUAAACUCAACAGCAAUAGCCAAUUUGAAAGUACAGCAAUGCAUCAUACAUACAAACUAAGAAUCUUCCACAAGCAUAAAGGUAAAGAAAAUACGAAAUGGAGCUCUCUCAACAUAUACUGAAAUAUGUCGUGCCAUUGCUGAAAGAUGCAAACAUGUAAACAUACAGCAAACAACAACAAAAAAAACAACAGAAAAGCAAACGAAUACAAGGUAAACACGAAUCCAUAAAUUAAAAUGACACAAAUAAAAAGAGACUGACUUGAGUUGCAUAUUGGCAGAGAAAAAAAAAUGGAGUGCAUAAAGGAAACGGAAAUGAGUAGCGCCUAUGCUAGCUUAAAGCUAUAGUGAGUUAAUGAUAUGGAGAUGCAUAAGCUGUAUUGGGUGAAAAUUUAGUUGUGAUUAUAAAAAUAAACAUAUUUUUUGUUAGUAUUUAGCAUUGCGUUAUUACUGUUAUUGAAAUGCUAUAAUUGUAAAUAAUUUUUAUUUUAUUUUUACCAACCAUAAAGGUUUAUAUUCAUGCACUUUUAUAGACAUGCAUAACACCGCAUGCCGUUAUUUACAAUAAAUUUUUGUUACUUACAUAUAUUUGGCUUGCUAAGGAGGUGCUAAGCCAUGAUAGAUACUUUGAAUUAUACGAUGCUAAAUCAUGUCACAGCGACUUAUUUUGUUCUGAGAAGUUUUGUUCAAUGUUUGUAUUUUUAGUGAUUAUUAGUAUUUUUAUUAAAACUGAAAUUCUAACGGAUACCCGUGGCUAUCGCUGAAGACGUCGUAGUCCGCUUUUUGUUAAAUUUACGAAAAUGCGAUCACUGUAUACGAAAUGCUACGAACUUAGGUGUUUAAAGUAUAUGCAACGUUCGUAGCUAUUAAAAUUCUGUGAUAGAAUUUUUGUAGAUUACACAAAAAAUCGGACUACGAUAAAUUCAGUGAUAGCUCCAGUGCUACAAUAACAGCAGCAGUUUUCCCAUUUGUACAUAAAUAAUUUCAAAGCUACUUUAUUUGUUAAAUAUUUGUCUGUAAAGAUUUUAUUUGUUUCCUUUAAUUUUUCCAAAAUCUAUUUGUUUUUUGAUUCACACUGCAAAAUAUUAAUGAAAAAUAUGUUUAAAUGCUAAAAAAAAAAAAUUAUUUUCUUCCAACCCAUAUUUUCUGCCGACCAACGUAAAAGGUUUUGUCUCAUAGUGCUUUGUGUGCCUCAAAAGAUUUGACGAAAGCCUGUAGAUAAUAUCGUGACUCAAAGUCGCA